AUGGCCAGCCCUGCUAGCACAGCUGAAAUACCGACCUUCUCCAAAACCCUUGACCCUACUCCUGCUGCUCAUCAAGAGUCUUUGGACCCUAGGAUUAUCGUUGCCUUAUUCGAAAUUGGAUCACUUCCCCCUCUCUGCUGGGACUCUCUCCCAUCCCCAAAGAAUAGUAGCCAUCAAGUAACAGAACAAGAUACUGCACAGAAGUUUGAAAAUCUCUUAAAGGAAAUUAAAGAUAUUCUUAAAAAUGUAGCAGGUUUUGGAGAGCAGAUCACAGAAGCAAAAGAAUCUUUUGAGGAAAUCUAUAUUUCUGGGGAUGUGUCAGAACUUAAAGAAAAAAUCAGAGAACUAGGCAAAAUAAAUAAAAUGCUAUUGAAAAACGUGCUUAUUAGUUUAGACCCAGAGAAAGAACAGAAUGCAAAGAAACAGAAGAUGUCUGGAAAACAUCUAGAAAACCAGAAUUCCAAGAACAUGGAAGUUCUCAGAAAGGAUGUGGUAAAUCAUUCAGAAGAAAAAAGAGCUCCUAAUGAAACUCAACUAAAUGAGGAAAAAGCAAAAUAUGGAUUUCUUCCUGUUCAAGAAGAAAGUAUUAAACUUAGAAACAACAUGGAGCAGUUACUACAGGAAGCAGAACACUGGAGUAAACAACAUACUGAGCUCAGUGAACUAAUAAAAUUGUAUCAGAAAUCACAGAAAGACGCACAAGAAACUCUUGAAAAUAAUGGAGAUUAUUUCCAAACCCAACCAAAUAAUGAAGUGUCAGGUAGGCACGAGCUGGAGGAACAGGUGAGGAAAUUGAGCCAUGACACCUACUCGCUGCAUCUGAUUGCAGCUUUGCUGGAGAAUGAAUGCCAAAUCCUACAGCAGAGAGUAGAGAUUCUCAAGGAACUCCAGCAUCAAAAAGAGCAGACUCUGCAAGAGAAGCCAAUUCAGAUAAACUACGAACAGAACAAGAAAGAGCAGGAGCCAUCAGAAGCAGAGAAAGCAGAAAAUUAUAAGCAGAGCAUACAAGAAACGGAGGGUACAUUUCAGAAAAAAGACGGAUUCUAUAGAAGCCUGGAUGCUUGUCUUAAUAAGAAAGCUCGUAAUAACUGGUUCAAUACUCGUAUUGCAAGAAGAGCUCGUAUGGGCAAAAAGAGACCAUCCAGCAGCCUAAGAUAG